GCGAACUCCAUGGCGGCAUUUUCGACUUAAUAAAUUGCCCGCAACCCCGCCCUGCCGUUCCAGAGUUUCGUGCGAGAAGUCCCAUGGAGAAAGCAACCGUGGCAGUUCAACUGUCGCAGCUGCGGUUGUCUGAGGGAAACUUCUGGUGGUGGUCGACCUGAUGAGCGGACGGCAAAGAACUCUUUUCCAGACGUGGGGCUCGAGCGUUUCCCGAUCCGCCGGGGCUCCGGGUUGCAGCUCCGGAACCGAGCGGCCUCAGAGCCCCGGCAGCUCCGAGACGCCUCUGCCUGCAGCGGCGGAAGCUCAGCCUGAUUCCGACGAUGAUGUGUUGCUGGUUGCAGCGUACGAGGCUGAGCGACAGCUGAGCCUAGAGAAUGGCGGGUUUUGCUACUCGGCGGGGGCCCUGUGGAUUUACCCUACCAAUUGCCCCGUGCGGGACUACCAGCUGCACAUUUCCCGGACUGCUCUGUUCUGCAACACGCUGGUGUGUCUGCCUACUGGGCUGGGAAAGACCUUUAUUGCCGCCGUGGUCAUGUACAAUUUCUACCGCUGGUUCCCCUCCGGCAAGGUGGUUUUCAUGGCUCCCACAAAACCGCUGGUGACACAGCAGAUCGAGGCUUGCUACCAGGUGAUGGGCAUCCCGCAGUCACACAUGGCCGAAAUGACAGGGUCCACUCAAGUUUUCACCAGGAAAGAAGUGUGGUGCAGUAAGAGAGUCCUUUUUCUUACACCUCAAGUCAUGGUAAAUGACCUUUCUAGAGGAACUUGUCCUGCUGCUGAGAUAAAGUGUAUAGUGAUCGAUGAAGCUCAUAAAGCUCUUGGAAACUAUGCGUAUUGCCAGGUUGUAAGGGAACUAGUCAGAUAUACAAAUCACUUCAGAAUCUUGGCUCUUAGUGCUACACCAGGUAGUGAUAUAAAGGCUGUACAACAGGUUAUUACUAACCUGCUGAUUGGGCAGAUCGAGCUUCGUUCUGAAGAUUCUCCAGAUAUUUUGCCAUACUCUCAUGAAAGACGAGUUGAAAAGCUUGUUGUUCCCCUUGGAGAAGAACUUGCAGCCAUCCAAAAGACAUAUAUUCAGAUUUUGGAAGCUUUUGCCAGUUCUUUGAUUCAGAGAAGUGUUUUGAUGAGAAGGGAUAUCCCCAAUCUAACAAAAUACCAGAUAAUUCUGGCAAGAGAUCAAUUUAGGAAAAAUCCAUCUCCAAAUAUUGUGGGAAUACAACAAGGCAUAAUUGAGGGAGAGUUUGCUAUUUGUAUAAGUUUAUAUCAUGGUUAUGAAUUAUUGCAGCAAAUGGGAAUGAAAAAAAAAUAA